AUGGCUGAGGCCCGGCUCCCGGGGCAGGGGGAAGGUGCCGAGGCCACACCUGGCCCCAGUGUCUUGGAGCUUGAGGAGCUCCUGAGGGCAGGGAAGGCCUCCUGCAGCCGCGUGGACGAAGUUUGGCCCAAUCUUUUCAUAGGAGAUGCGGCCACGGCAAACAACCGGUACGAGCUGUGGAAGUUGGGCAUCACGCACGUGUUGAACGCCGCGCACGGAGGCCUCUACUGCCAGGGGGGCCCUGACUUCUACGGCAGCAGCGUGACCUACCUGGGGGUGCCAGCCCAUGACCUCCCUGAUUUUGACAUCAGUGCAUACUUCUCCUCUGCAGCGGACUUCAUCCACCGCGCGCUCAGCACACCCGGGGCCAAAGUCCUGGUGCACUGUGUGGUGGGUGUGAGCCGCUCUGCCACUCUGGUGCUGGCAUAUCUCAUGCUGUGCCAGCGGCUAUCCCUGCGCCAGGCUGUGAUCACCGUGAGGGAACACCGAUGGGUCUUCCCCAACCGGGGCUUCCUCCACCAGCUCUGCCAGCUGGACCAGAAACUACGGGGAGCUGGCCGCAGCUGAGG